AUGAAAGCAAACGAUAGGGAAAGGAAUAGAAUGCAUUUGUUAAACGAAGCAUUGGAUAGAUUGAGAUGCGUAUUGCCAACAUAUCCGACCGAUACCAAACUAACAAAAAUAGAAACAUUAAGAUUUGCACACAAUUACAUAUGGGCCCUAAGUCAAACGUUACAAGUGAUAAAUAACGAAAAAUUAACGAUAUCGUCAUCAUCAUCACCGCCACCGAACGAUUUCAUAAGUGAUAUAACGAGUGAUAAUGGCGGAAUAACGGUUAAUGUGGGUAACGUCGUCGUAAGUAUUUCCGAUAAGGGUAACAUGAUAACAUCAAACACCGGAAGUUGUGCCGUCGCUCACCAAAGGAAAUACAACAAUCAAACCGGAUCAUCAUCAUCGUCGUCCGUGGUAAAAACGACCACAGACGACGAUUCAUCUUAUUAUUAUAAUGAUUUUUUAACUUACUAUUACGGAAGUCCAAGUUCGACAGACGACGGAAAAUUUAAAACGGCCUCAUAA